AUGGCCUUAAUGCUUGGUUUGGACAGAUUAUCGGUCAAACUGAUCACACUGAGCACAAAGAACGGAUCCGACUCCUUACCGUCGGUCUUGAUGGUUGUUCCAACAUGGCCCUCUGUGAGAAACAGGUCGGUGAUCUCAGAAAUCGAGAAAAACGCCGAGUCCUCGCCAAACAGCUGUCUAAGGAAGUUUUUAGUAGCAUGGAAAUCGAUGGCCGGAUUCAAGUCGAAAAAAUCAAAGUCCACGUUCACCAUUUCCUGUUCUUCCUCUUCCUGUUCUUCUUCUUCGUCGGUCGACGAGACGUCGAUGUCCGACAAGUCGUCGUUCUCGAGAUAUUCGAGCGAUUCGGACUCUGAACCGCUGGAUCUGGGCAGAGUUGCUCCGGCACCCAUUGUGGAGACACGCACAGUUGCUCUGAAAAGCCAGCCGGCAAAAAAACGAACGUUUACCGGCAACAUCGAGACAGAAGUGAUGGACGCUCUACAGUUUGAAAGAAACAAGCGGUUGUACCAGUCACAGCAGCACCAUUCGAAAGCCACCAAGGCACAAUUGCAACAGAUCAAGAAGAAACGCAAGUCGAAGGGCGACCCGGCCGAAUUGGACGGCGAAAAUCAGUACAAAGGUCCCUGGGCCUCGUAUUCAGAAAGCGAAGACGACGUUUCCGACCACCAAUCAGACAUCGAGUCCGAGGAAAACGCACAGUCUUCAGAGUCCGAGGACGACACACACGAGGAAACAACAACGUUCCACGGCGACUCGGAAUUAGACUAUCUUGGAAGAACGUAUCUCCAUGUUCCAAACGACGUUGAUACAAAUCUACGUAAAGAGCCAGGGUCUCAAAGAUGUUAUGUUCCCAAGAAGAAGAUUCAUACGUACGCCGGCCACGCAAAGGGAACUCAAUGUAUCCAGUUCUUCCCCAACAGUGGACAUCUGCUACUGUCUUCUGGAAACGACUCUGCUAUCAAACUAUGGGACGUUUAUCAUAAACGCAAACUGCUUAGAGGAUUCUAUGGACACAUGAAGCCUGUGAAAUGCGUGGACUUUAACUCUGUCGGGACGCAAUUUCUGAGUUGUUCGUACGACGAGACAGUGAAGCUCUGGAACACAGAAACAGGCCAAUGUCUGUUUCGCAAAAAGCUGUCAGGCAUUCCAAAUGUCGUCAAACACAACCCAAACGACGAUAACGAGUUUCUGGUGGGCCUGUCGAACAAGAAGAUCGAGCACUACGACAUCCGCACCACAGAAAUCAUUCAGACAUACGAACACCACACGGACGCCAUCAGCAGCCUGGAAUUCAUCAACAACGGCGAACAGUUUGUGUCUUCUGCCAAUGACAAGUCGCUUCGGAUCUGGGACAUCAAGGUCAACAUGCCCAUCAGACUGAUGGCGGACCCGAAACAGUUCUCAAUGCCUUUUUUGAAAACACACCCAAGAGGAGAAGCAUUUGCAGCCCAAUCGUCAAACAACAUGAUCCAGACGUUCACAACUAGCGUGGAAGAUAAGUUUAAACGCAACAGAGACAGAUCGUUUACGGGCCACAACUCCGCCAACUAUUCAAUAGGUCUAUCGUUCACACCGGACGGAAGAAACAUUAUGAGCGGCGACUCGCACGGAUUCGCCUUUUUCUGGGAAUGGAGAUCGGCAGAGCUCAUCUCCAAACUCAAGGUCAGCACAAAGCCCAUCACAUACUUGUUCUUUCUGGCUUGCACCUCGCUGAUUCCUUCCACGAAAUCUUCAUGCUUUAUCACAGACUGUCCGUUUCUCAAUGCAAUCAUUCCCGCCUCCACAGUAACAGCUUUCAACUGCGCACCGUUGAAUUCGUCUGUAGAACGUGCAAGCUCUUGCCAGUUCACGUUAUCGUCGCACGUCAUCUUCCGGGCGUGGAUCUGUAGAAUCUGGGCUCUUGCCUCCUCGGAUGGCAAUGGGAACUCGAUCUUUCUAUCCAGUCUUCCAGAUCUCAGCAAAGCAGGAUCCAACGUAUCCACUCUGUUGGUAGCGGCCAGCACUUUGACUCUAUCGUCGGAAUCGAAACCGUCCAACUGGUUGAGCAACUCCAACAUGGUUCUCUGCACUUCUCUAUCUCCCGACUUGUCCGAGUCGAAUCUCUUUGUUCCAAUGGCGUCCAACUCGUCGAUAAAGAUGAUGGUUGGAGCUUUUUCUUUGGCCAGUUCGAAAGCAUCACGAACAAGCUUGGCACCGUCACCAAUGAACAUCUGCACCAAUUGA